AUGAUUGGGGAGGAAGUGUUCAAAAAUCCUCUGAGUGGCUCUAGUGGAAGCUCACCUUCCAGCGGCGCUCCGAGUCAGCCCAGCGUUCACGAUCAUGUUACUAGUGAUUUCUAUUCCCGAGAUGUCAAUCCUGACGAUCAGCGCCAUGUAGAUAAAGUUUCAUCGCAACUUUUUAAUUUUGUUUUUCUAGCAUCGGACGGAGGAAAUCAACAUUGACCUCGACUCGGAAGGGGCCAUUAUGGUCGAUAUUUCUGAUGCUCUUUCCGAGCGCGAUAAGGCAAUAUUUGGCAAGAAGUUUCUUAUUUAAUUGUUUUUUAGGUUCGGUAUACGGUCCAUUCGCGAACAAAAAUGUCGGAUAUGAAGCCCGAAACUUCAGUUGUGAGAGAGCACGAAGAGUUCCUUUGGCUGCAUACUGUUCUGGAAGAGAAUGAGAAUUACGCCGGAUUCAUCGUGAGUUUCGAUUUCUCUGCGAGUUUGAAUUUUUCUCUCUUGUUUGUUGACAAGUUGUGAUUUAUAGAGAAAAAUCUUUGGAAAAACUUUUCUCUACGACCAAACAUGGUAAUUGUUCUUUACAUAUACCCAGCUCUGCUCUUCCGAUAAUUUUUGUCUCAUGCUUUUUGUUUGAAUCCUAUUAUUUGGAGAGUUUUUUUAUUUAUUUAUCCUUAAUUAUCAAUAGAUCUUAUCAAGUUUUUUCGAUUUGAGAUCCCUCCAGCGCCACCUCGACCGGAUUUCGAUUCUUCUAGAGAGCGGCUCCAAAAGUUGGGAGAAGGCGAGGCGACGAUGACCAAAGAAGAGUUUCUCAAGAUGAAACACGACUUGGAACAGUUUUCGAGAUAUGAAUUUCCUGGGAUAAAUGGCAACUUCAGAGAUUAUCUUGCCCAAUUCAAGAAAACUGUUGCGAUGCAUGAAGUUUUCCUUCAACGGAUCGCUGCUCAUUCAAUUUUCCGCGAUGAUCAAAACUUCCGAAUCUUCCUUCAAUACGAAGAUGAUGUUAGUGAAAAGAGAACAUUUUUUUGUGUUUAUCAACGAUUUUUCACCGGUUAUAUUUCCUAGAAAAUCUAUUUGCACCUUUGUUGUUAGUUCUUUCCUUGAUCUUUAGAGACAAAAAAAACUUCGUGACCCAAAACCAGAAAAAAAGGCUUUUCAUUAUUGAUAUUUUUGGAGAUGAUUAUCUAUUCUUUCAAAUCACUAAGCUAGUAUUUGCGAGAAAAACUUCAUGAUUCAUUUCAAUAUAUUGAAAAAUAAGACCUUUAUUGAAUAAGCUUCAUCCGAUUUUCAUUCUAUCACAAACUCCAUCGAAGAAAAUACUUACUCUGUCAAUUAUGAGAAUUCUUAUUAAAAUAUAAAUUCCUUCUUCAGUGAAUUAUGAAAGGAAAUGUCUUUAAACCCUUUUUCCUAUAACGUUUUGUUACUUAGUAGUAUCUGUGAAGGCAUAUUCCCUGAUUAAAAAAACUUUAUUUGAAAAAAAUUUUUACUGUAUGUUUUGAUAGUAUCAAGUUAUCCGAAAAAAAAAAACAUUGAAGCGUUCGAUGGAUGAGCCGAACAUGUCUCUCAAUCAAUUUUUUGCGUUUCUCUGAACAAUAUUUUCCUUUUUUAUGUUAUUACUAUAAUUGCGUUGAUAGCCAUGUCCAGCUUCCUAUUGAACCCCUCAUACAAAAUGCACAAGUUUUUAUUCAAUUCAUUUCUUUCAGCUAUCGGUUCGAGGUAAGAACAAGAAAGAAGUGGUGGGCUCGUUCUGGAAGCGAGUGACGCAGUCUGCCGACGAAGUGCUCCUCUCCGGACAAGUAUUUCGAGUCUUCGGCUACAAAUCCACAGCGUUUUCUCCUUCCAGAAAGACAUCGACGAGUUUUUCGAGAAGGAGAAGAACUACCUGAUCGAGUACAGCACCCACAUCAAGGAGGCCGCUGCGCGUAGCGAAAAAAUGAUCGCUGUGAGGAAAAGUGGGCCAUUUAUCUCGUCUUUUUCUGGACCGUGAAAGAUACCCCUCUUUCUUAUUUCCACUUUUUGAAAUCAUUUUGAGCCAUUCUUCUUUUGGAAAGCAGGGAUCUUCAAAAUUCUUAACAAAAAAUAAGGUUUUCUCAGAAUUUUUGUAGUACACUCAGAACUGGCCGAAACGUCGAAAACUGUUGAGAAUUUCAAACGCGUCUAAACUGAAAUGCGAGAAUUUUGUUUUCAAAUUUAUCCAAGUUUUCGUUUGUUUCCGAUGAAUAAAAAGUCAUCAAAAUAUUUUAAACUGCAUAUAUCAAAAAUUUUUAAGCUUUCUGAAGCUUCAAAUGCAAUUUUCUGUUUUUUUCACCUGCGCUCGGCCAAUUUUUCGAAGUGUUCCAAAUCUUUCUAUGAAAACCGCGGCAAUCUUCUUAGUUUCCUCUGUUUUUGUUGGUUCAAAUUACGUGAGAAAAGAGGCAAAAAAAUUUUUCUAUUGCAUUUUUUUGCUUUGUUUCGAUAAAUGUUCCAUUUUUAAAAGGUAAUUGGGCUCUCAUUAUCGCGCACUCUUUGCAUAUAUAUAGUUCACUAGCACCGGUAGCAGCUGUUGAGAGAAUCCGAGAUUCUAGUCAUGAUUUUAUUCUGUUCAAAAAGGCUCGAAGUGCGACUCGUAGGCUCUGAGAGGCGCCGGACCCGAUGUGCUCACGAGGCGAAAAGCACUGGGUUCAAGUGUGGAAAGCGGUCGACCAGUGUUUAGGGAAGCAAAGUCGUCGGCGAGCCGCAUUUCGUCCCCUUCUUUAUGCGCGUCUGCCUCCUCUCCGCCGUCGCCAACCACCUCGCGUUUUUUUUUCCCGUCGCUUGUGGUCUUGCCCUAGUCGAGCCUCUCCGCACUCCCUACUCUCGUUUUUGCCGCACCGACAUUUUGCCAUGAAUAGAUUCCUUUAUGUUGUAUUGCCAACAUGCGAAAAAAAAAAUCAAAACUUUUUUUUUUCCCAUGGAAUGCCUUUUUCGCAAGACUUUUUGGUCUUUUUUGGGUGUACAUUUGUUUCGUUGGUCUCUGCGAUAUAAUAUUCGUGAGAAAUUUCUUGCAUUUCGAUAUUUUUUUUGCAUUAGGUAAGAUGCUUAAUUAACAACUUUGUCUAUGAAACCUCUUAGGACUUUGAUAAUUCAACUUUUCGCAACUUGGAAAAAGUUCAAGAAACAGAAGAUCAAUUCCAAGCAGAAAGCAGAGAGAUUUUAUUUUUUUGUGUUUCUCUUAUUUUGAUUUUAAAAAAACUUAAAGAGUUCCAGAAAAUUUGUCAAGAGAUGUCUGAAACAUAUUAUACUUUUAUCAAGCUCUCAGAGUUUGCUUUUUCAUUUCCCUGAAUUUUUCUGCAAAGAAAAUGACUGCGGGAAAUGCACUUUGAAAGUUCAGUUUUCCAAAAUUGAGAGAGGCUGGGACUAAAAAAAGAUCGAUUGUUUUUUUGGCCAUGUAGUUUUUCAAUUUUGUCUUUUGUAAAGUUUCUCAAGUUUCUGGAGCCGACUAAGAAAUUUCGUUUGACUAAUAAGAAACAUUUCAAGUUCAAUUUAUUGAAUUAGUGGCUGAGGCCAGGAAAAAUCAAAGACUUUCAUUUUAGUUGGUUGAAUGAAUUCUUUAACUUCAGUUUUUUUUUCUGUAAGUUGAUUUAUUCCUAGUUAAACGGUUUUUGUUCUGUGACGAGAAUAAAAAUCGAUGAAUUGUACUAGAAAUUUUCCUUGUUUUCCUUUUCUUUUUCCAAGAAAUUUAGGAAAGAUUCAACGCUUUGAAACUAAUUUUAUCUUUGUUGAGGAGAAAUUCUUGUAUGUUUUGUAAUGGUGGACAUUCCUUCGUCGCCGUCUUUGCCAUUUCUUUUCUUUGGAAUUCCUUCAAACUCCGUUAUUUUCCAAUUUCUCAGUUUCAUCGAAGUUUUUUUCAGAUGUUUCCGAACUUUUCGUCAAAAUGGGCGAUUGCUUGGAGAGGAUGGCCCGCAGUGAGCCCGACAAAAGCCUCGCAAGGACCUUGGGCCGAGGAGCCGACACCAUGUUUUUCCUCAAAAAGGUUCAUUUUCAACUUUUCAUUCUGGCUACGGUAGAACAUUCCAACUUAUUUUCUAAAUUCAGAUUUUUUUUGUCGAUUUUUUUUUUGCUGUUUUUUGUCGAGACUGUAUGAAAAUUAAGGGAAAGGAAAAAAUCUCUAAUCAACUUUUUUGGAAUCGAAACUUUGUUUUUUUAAACGUAUUUUUUUCCUUGAUGGCUUCAUUUGAAAGUAUAUUCAUAAGAUAUUGAUUUAGAGAAUAAAUAUGCUGAAAAGGAAGCGUGAAUUAUUUUCAAAGCAAAUAUUUCAAAAAAUUUAUUUCGAAAAACGUAAAUUCAAAAGUGUCUAAACUCACUCGGAAAAAUUUCAAAGUUAUUAAUAUUUUUCAGGUAGAAGCAAGGUCGGCCAACGACGAGGAAUUGAAAAUGUGCGACACGCUCAUUUAUUUCUCCAAAGACACCCAAGCGGCCAAGGUUUUCUUUGUUUUUCUUUCCUUCGAUGAUAAAAGUAUUUUCAGGAUCUUCUGUACCGUCGCAUUCGUUGUUUGGCGAAUUAUGAAGCGGCGAACAAAAAUUUGGAACGCGCAAGGGCCAAAAAUAAGGAAAUUCAGAAGGUUCCGAGAGGCUGUAUUGUCAUCGCAAAGGAAUUAUUUGCCAGGCUGAAACCGAGCAAGUGGAGGCUUGCAAAAAGUUCGAAGACAUAAGUGCCUUGGCGAAAAACGAACUGAAGGAUCUGAAGAAGCGGCGCGUGCAGGCGUUCAAGAAGAACCUCGGCGAUUUGGCCGAGCUGGAGGUCAAACAUGCCAAUGUUCGUUUUCUAUUGAUUUUCAGGAGGGAAAUUGAUAAAAUAAUUAAGAGCAUCGUAGUGGAGAAUACAGCUGAUUAUUUGUUUAUUGAAUGAAAAGAUUUUCCUUCCUACUUUUUUUUUAUCAAUUUCUAUGCAUUUCUGGGAGUUCUCUGGAACAAAUGCUCAAUAAAAUCUAUGAGCUUGGAAUCUCAUAGUAUCUGAUGUGCUUAGCGUUUAUUUACGUUUACCUCUUUUUUUAUUUCUUUUUGUUUUCAAAAUUUAGCGUUUAUUCCGAAAAGAAAGAAAGAAAAAAGAGGAUUGGUUACUUUCAAACGGUUUCAAAUAGAUAAAAAAAAAAGAAAUCAUAGAUCAAUGAAAGUAAUAAAAUUAUUUUUUGACUUUUCUCUGGAAAUGUCACAAUUUUUAUCUCAUUUUCCAUCACCACAUGAAAAAAAUGAACAAUUCGAACAAUUUGAGCUUUUUAUCUUGAAAGAAGACCUUUCCAGAACUCUGAUAAAACUGUCAUUUGAUCUUUUUCAGGAACUUUUCUUAAUAUUAAUUUUCUUUUUCCAGGCCCAAGUCAACCUUCUGCAGGAGUUCAUCGCUAAACUCAAAGAAUGA